AUGUUUAAAAGUCUCUCGGAAAAUCUUGGUCUUGGUGAUUUGGUAGAAAGCCCCGAAAGUCUAGAACCAUCUUCCAUGACCAUGUCAUCUCUCACAACGGCAAACACUAAUAAUCACGUAACGACAAACUCGUCUCCGUCCUUGAUUGGAUCUUCUUCAUCUCCUGCACUGAAUAUCAAUUUAGUACCAUUAAUUAAUUCGGAGAGUGAGCAUCCCGAUGUUGAAGAUGAAGAAAUUAUGAAAAAAAGUAAAUUCAAAUCCUAUCGAGAUGACAUAAUCUCUGUUUUAAAAUCAUUCGAUAAUACUCGAGAAUGGGCUGAUUUAAUUAAAUGUUUGCAAAAGAUGAAGAAAGUGUUAAUCAAAAAUAGCUCUCUACCCAUUUUACCUGAGAAGAUUACUGUCAGUAAACGAUUAGCACAAUGUCUAAAUCCAGCUUUACCAAGUGGUGUUCAUUUAAAAACUUUGGAGACUUUUGAAGAAAUAUUUAAAUUAAUUACAGGAAAAAGACUUGCCAGAGAUAUUCACUUGUAUAGUUCUGGUUUGUUUACUCUAUUUCCAAGUGCAUCUUCACAAAUCAAGAAAUAUUAUUUACCGCUGGGAAAGGCUCUUGUUCCAUGCCUUCCAGGACUAGUUUUGGCGCUCCUUUCCUCAUUAGAAGAAGAAGGUAGUGACAUUUUUAAGAAAACAUUGAAAGUAAUGAUUACAUUGAGAGCUAUUAGUGAUGAAAACGUUUUCUUUCAAUCCCUGUGGAAAGGAAUAUUACUAACACCUCAAUUCAGAGUUUCUGCUUUAAACCAUAUUAUAUAUUGCUUAAAAAAAAAUGAAGAACCUUUAACCUACAAAUUACCAAUAUUUGGAGGUUGUCCAGAAUUGGUAGUUGAAGCAAUGGUUGCAUCUUUGAGAGAUAAUAAUAUUAUGGCACAGAGAGCCUGUUUAGAGAUUUUAUCAUCUUUUUUAACUCUUGACAAACGGAACAAUGAUAGUUCUGAGAGUUAUAUUUUUGAUGAUCAAUCCUUUAUCAUACUAUGCAGCAAUGCUCUUAUACUUACACUAAAGGGAGAUGUUUCCGUUAACAGAAGAAUAUUCUCUUGGCUAUUUGGAUCUAGUGAUACUGAUGUUGAAUUUAUAUCUAAACACUCAAUAUCUAUUAUUUCAUCAUCUCUCAAACAAUUAAUAACUGAAAGAAGCUACAACAUUCCAAUAGUCAAAGUUAUUGAAAUAGCGAAUAUUAUUUUUGAAAGAAUUGGGGAUCAUUGUUCUUUGAAAAGAUCCGUUAUGGAGAACAUUAUUACAGAAAUGAUAUAUCUAUUGAGUAGUGAUCACAUCGACAAUUCUGUCAAGGAGAGUAUUUCUAAUUUUAUUUCUAGUACUGAAUCUAUGCCUCUGCUAUGGACAAGUUUGAAGCAAAUUAUAGAAAAUUGCUUUGAGAAAGAAGAAAACGAAACCACGAACUAUAGUAUCAUUCUUGGUACAGUCUCCUUUAUGUGCAAUCAAAAGUCGGCACGAUCAUUCAUUUCGGAAAUAUCACAAUUGUUUCUAAUUUUUGUAGACUCUCUAACACACAAAGUGAACAAUAAGAUUUAUCAAAAUGUUAUCUCUAUUGAGCGAAACAUCAAUAUUUGUAAAUAUUUAUUGGAACAGAUUGUAGAAGAGUCUAAUGACUUUGCGACCAUCCUCUAUGAGAAAACAGAAUAUCUCUUUAAGAUAGUAACAUCAAACUAUUUCAGAGAUGACCUAUUAACCUCUAUUGAACGUUCAUCCAUAUUUCAAUAUCGAACAUUAUUCAGAAACACUUGUGAUUUUUUGACCAACGCCAUUAGAAAAAAACAUUCACACUUGGAUCAAUUUGAAGAAUUUUCUUCUUUGACUUCCAACCCUACUGAUAUAAUUCCUACAUUUAUGAAAACUCUAUUCUCGUGUUCCUUCUCUCAAGAUGCCUAUAUCAGUAUUUUCAGUCUUAACACCUUGUUAGGUUUUCUUUCAAAUCAAGAAUCUGGAUUGGAUCGAUUUAAACAAAGAUAUAUUGUGAAAGAGUCCAAUUAUUUGAAGGCGAUUACAACCCGUUUAUGGGAUAUGCUCACACCAUCAUAUUCAUAUCUUCAUUUUGAAGUGACGAGACUAAUUGUAGAGUUGUACAAUCUUAAUAGACAAGUUUGCAACGCUGUUGUUUCAGAUGCCAUGUCAAACUCAAAUAUUGAAAAGAAAUUAGAAGGAAAUCGACGUUUUGCAUUGAUCUGGAGACUCAUGGAUGAUCUAGACAUUAAGAAUAGAAUCUUUGAGGACGGAUUUUACUUAAUGUUAGACGCUAUAAGCAAUGAUCAAUCCUCGUUAAAGCUCGUGUCGCAAUCUUGGCUUCUUUCCUCAUUCUCACAUAUCGAUAGAAUAUUAGACCCCUUGUUGUUGACUCUUGUUGAUAAGGAAUCUCUAAAACAACUUUCUAAACAUACAAGAGUGAAAUCCUCCGAUUCAUCCAUGAGUGAUACGAGCACAGAUUCCAACUCGGAACGAAGUUUGCAAACCUUAUCAAUAAGAAAGACUCUAUUUGAUGAAAGCCGAUGCAAAUACGUUUUAUCACUUUUGAGAAACAUUAUGAAUGUCUCUCCAGAACUAUUUAUUGAACAAACUUUGAAAAUGAAGGCCAGUGAUGAAGUGUUGAAUGUGUAUGAAAAAUUCAUUCUUGGAAGACCCUAUUACAUGAAUGAAGAAUCACUUCCUUCAUCCAAAUUGAAAUUCGAUGGAAGAGAUUACUUUUCAUUACUAGCUGUGCUUUGUGUUAAAUUGAUGGAAUGUGGCAUUGUGGUGAAUUCUGACCUUUUAUCUGCAAACAAGAAUAUUGUUUCUAAUGAAUCUUCACUCGAUGAAUGUAUCAGAACAAGCGCUGCCUCUUUCAUUAAGGACAUUUUGCUAAAUGGUAAACAAUUUGCUAAGACAACAGGUCUCUGUAUUGCUCUUUGUGAAUGCAUUCUUUCUCACUUACAAAUUGCCAUUGAUAAUAAUGAUGUGGUUUUUCAAGUUGAGCUCUUAGGAAUGGUUCAAAUGAUCAUGGAACAUUUGGAUAGUCAUACUGUUAAGCCAAUGAGUACUACUACCUUAACAUCUUCUCAGCAAGCAGGUACAACAUCACAAGUAGCUUCUGAAGAAUCUUCUCCUAUAUACACUUUGAUUAAUUCUCCAACAUUUUUAAAAACUAUUAUUCAAGGUCUCGUUUCAUCUAGCAGAAUUGAAGUAUUAUCAACAUUUCACUCCUUUUCACUACUGAGUUAUUGGAUAGACAGUAUUAUUUUAUUUUUACCCUAUUUACAUUUUACAUUACCAAAACUUGUUACUUUUAUAGCUCCCUCGUUUUGUCAAAUUAUUACUGACAAUGCACUGCAAGGAAUUGAUAGCAUUAGAAGUCAAGUGAUUAAUAGCUUAUUAACAGGGUUAAGAAAAAUGUUAGAGUAUUGUGUUUUGAGAGAGAUUAAUAUUCCUAAACCAACUUCACAUAAUGAUGAAAAUACGUCUGGAAUUGUCAUUCCUUUCAAAAUGUUUACAGACUUUGUGAAAGAUGUGUUUACACAAGAUGAUCAAGUUUCAAUAAUUACCUCACCUGACUAUGAAGCAAGGAAGAAUAUGAUGGCUGAACUACCCUCCAUUAUUGAGUCUAUGGUUAUUGUGUGGAAAUCAUUACGUGCAUUAGUUAUUGGAAUUCCAGAAAAUAAUCUCUCUCCAUUGCAUGAUAAAUUGAAACAUGUCAAUUUGAGCGGUGUACCUGAGUUUGGAACUUUACAUUCACGAUUUGAUAUUGAGAGAAAUAUUUUAAGGUUUAUUGAUCCAUUGAUAUUACAAUUUCCAAAUCAAUUAGUGAUAUCAAUACUAAUGACAUGGACAAAAUGGCAUGAAAGCUCCUCGUCAUCCAUGUAUUGCGUUGAAAAUAGCCUAGACACUCACUUGAUCGAUAUUUUAAAUAGUUGUGAUAGCACAGUACCAGAGAGUAUCAUUUCUAGUGUUUGUGAUUUUAUUCUUAAUUUCUCGAAUAUGAAUCAACAAGAAGAUGAAAAGAACAGAGUUUUACCUUUCCAUUUUCUCAUCUACUACAUGAAGAAAUGUAUAAUGAGUGAAAAUCACUUGCAGAUAGCCCAAAAAAUUAUUUCAUUGACUAAUAGCAUCUCUUCAGAAAAGAAUAUUGAUCUCUUAACUCUCACAGUCUUGUUACGAGUAGUACAUCAAUUUUUAACCAGGUGGAGUACAAACAUUCAAACUGAUAAGAAAACCAAAUCCUCCAUGAGGGAUAGCACUCAAAAGCUUAUUGAGAUAUGUUUUACGGCCUGUACCAAGGACAUGAUAGAUCGAAGGAAUGAUCUUGUGAAAGAUUUAAAGAAAAUAUCGUCUUCUAACAAUCUUCAAAAUUUAGACAAUUCAAAAGAGCUCAUUCUCCGAAAAACUAUCCAUGAUAAGAAAGAUUCAGCCAAAAACUUUCUCAAAUUACUUGGCAACAUUUUAAAUGAUAUUAUGACUCAUUUGUAUGGAGAGAAAGAUCUCGGAGGUCAACCAUUAAUAAUUUCAAUUUUAUAUCCUUUAUUUGUAAUCAUUAACAAUAGGGAAAUUACAAACCUGAAAAGAGUGAAACAAGCCGUUAAACUGAUUUCCACUUUCAGUAGCUCCAUAUUGAACAUGAGGCCACUUAAAAAGGAAAUUUGGGAAUCCGUGUUGGAUAACAAUUUUUUUUACUGCCAAAGUUCUACAUUCAAAUAUUGGUUGAAAAUAUUUACAAACAUGGAAACUACGGACACAUCUUUGGUUCAAGAUUUAUUGAACAGGUUUGCGUCUACUUCAAGUUUAUUAACAUCAAGUACCACAGAAGCUUAUGCAAGAGCAAGACUAAUGAAGAGAAUUGCAUUCAUGCUAUUUGUUGGUAGAAGUAAUGACUACAACCACUUUAUUCCUUCAAUAGUAGAGAAAAUUGUGGAAUCCCUUAAAGUGAAUGGAUCUGCUCAUAGUAACAAUACUUUAUUGUCGAGUGUUCUUUUAUUUUAUAGAGUUCUAAUCAUCAGAAUAACUACAGACAAUCUACGAAAAUGGUGGCCAAUGAUCAUGACAGAUAUCAUGAAAAUAUUUAGCGAGAGAACUGUUGACGAUGAAGACUCUAGCGUCUUGAUUGAAGGUUUAAAGUUUUUGGAUCUUGCUACUGUGAAGCUUCCGCAAGAAUUUCAAUUGUACAAGUGGAUAUUUAUACGGGAUACAUCUUCUGAGAGUGAAAAAAAACAGCCAUUUUCUGUACUAUUCUCUCCCUACUUGGAUCCAUUUGUUGAUCCAACCUGUGACGUUUCUACCGUGUUGAAUACUGCAGCUCAAAAGGAAGCCAGAACACCUGUGUGUACAUCCUUUUUGAGAAGCGAUAUUGUAUCUACCAGGCGUUUUGCAUCAAUACUUUCAUCAGAAGGUAGACGACAACAGUUGUAUUCAGCCACCUCAUUCAAUGCUUUAGAAUGUGAUGACGAAGUUAUUAAUGAAAGUAUUCAAGAAGAUAUGGUAGAGCUAAGUCCUGAUGAUAAGUCAAGACUAAAGAAUGAACCAACACCAAGUAUAAAUGGUGCUGAAGAAAAUUGGGUGAUGAUUGAUACACUUAAUAAUUAA